GCUGUGACCAGCGUCAAUGACGCAAAAGUAAACUUUUUUAUGCUCUUGUAGUUUCAACGGUUCCUAUGUGGUUUGGGGCAAAAUUAUUCGCCGUGCAUAGCGACGAUUGAUCUCCAAAAACCAAAGAGAGUUUGAAAAAACGCGGAAAACGCCGAAUCACAUAAUAAUUCAAGGAGGUUUGGUACGGUGUAUACUACCUGUGCGACUCUUAUGAGUAACGAGUCAGUUGAUCAUCGUCGAUCGCGGUGAACGGUUUUUGGGCUCAUGCGCGCGCAUCCUAAACAGUCCUAGAUUGAAUUGAGCUUGUUGUCUCUGUGAGUAGUGAAAUUUUCCUUCGGUCGCAAUGUCUUUGAAGUACAAUGAGAAAAAUUAUCCCUACAUUGAACUCGAUGGAGGCUAUCAAAUUGUGAUUCAGGAAGAUCGCUGCAACCAUGAUGAGCCUUUUGCGACCAAAGCUCGCCAGGAAAUUAAUGACAACCCGGAUCAUAUAGCACGUGCGGUGGAGGAAGUUCGCCAUUUGGUUGCGGCCGAUGAACGCUUCAAUCUUCCGUUUCAUGAAGAUUGGUACGUUACCACAUACCUACGGGCCGGUGCAAAUGAUCCGCAAGAGACUUACAAAAUCCUUGCAGACACCGGAUACCAAAAGUCUACGAACUGUGAGUACUUUUGCGAUUUGGCUUCCAUACGGCACGUGUUUGACGAGGGAUUGGUGUGGAUAGUUCCCGAACGCGACGAGGAUGGCUCGGUAGUUAUUGUUGUUGAAUCAGGAAAGAAAUGGAAUCCAUCGAAAGUAUCACUGGUGCAAUUGAAUACCGCUUGCAAUGCUGCCAUUUCAGCUCUGAUGCAAAGUGAGGAAGCGCAAAUCCAUGGUUACAAAAUGAUUAUCGACGUGGAAGGACUUUCGAUGACCCAGAUAUUACAGUUUACACCUCAAUCUACCAAGAUAAUGUUGGAUCAGUUGGACAAGUGUUCUCCUAUUAGAUUAAAAACUGUCCACACCGUCAAUAAUGGAAUGGUUUACAACGUUCUGUUUUCAAUCAUGAAACCCUUAAUGUCGAAAAGAAUGCGCGAAAAGAUGAUGAUCCACGGCAGAAACUGGAACGAACUUGGAAAACAUAUUAGCCUGAAGGUGCUACCGCCGCGUUUUGGCGGAACUUCCAAAGCCCCCGCUUACGAUGGCCGGCUGUUCGGCGAUUUGAUGAUGCAUUUCAACGAAUGGAUGCAGAGAAUGCACGGAUUUGGAUUCAAGCGGAAAUACUACGUCAAGGGAGCUCAAUAAUGUGUUCUUAAGAUUCAUUAUAUGGGUUUUUAGGAAUAAAAUACGAUGAGCA